AUGCGCGAGUUCAUGCACCACAUCACUAAUGCCUUCUACGGCGCAACCGGGUGGAACGACGACAACACGUACAAGGAGCUGAAUGCCACUGCGAGAGAGCUCAUUGACUUCCCCGUCCCUCGAGGCCUUCGCUUGACUCUCUCGUCGCUCGCAACACCCCACUUCGCGACCAGCUACCAGCUUGGCAGUGUCGGCAUCGUCGAUGGCUCGAUCUCAUACCUCCACAGCACCGUUCCCCUGACGGAUAUUGCUGCCCAAUCGGACCGGAUACCCCUGCCGGCCCUGCUGCGAUCAUACCGCCGACUCCAUGACCUUGGCUCUCGUGAAAGCAGCCAGCGACAACCGGGAAAAGAUGGAACCACGACCGAACCUCCGAGUCAUGGCAGCGUCAGUGCCGCCUGUUGGAGCUUGGGAAAGAACGGGAGCUCGCUCUUGUACGGUCGCUUGUACCUGCCACAGUCUCUCCUCGAAGGCCUGGUCGUUCGGCGAUUCACCCCGGCCCUGCAGGUCCAGCUCUCGGCCGUCAGCGAACGCUCCCUGCGAAACGGCGGCACCUUGCUGGGCCUUGUGCAGUAUGACAAAGGGAAAUACGGCGUUGAAGGUCUUGCGUCGACGGACGGGGGUCUCCUCGGCAUCCGCGGCCUGUACAAUUUCGGCGGAGACUGUUCGUCCGCCGCGAUGCCGCCGGCCAGCAUAACCAAUUCCGCCCAGAACAACGGCAAUGUGCAGUUGGGUGGCGAGAGGGAGCGCAUCUACGGGCGCUUCAGCGCCGGCGGCGAGGUCUACUAUGGAACGCUCAACAAGUCCGGUGGCAUGUCUCUGGGCGCCCGCUUCGCGACGCUGCCGGCGCACAGGGGCACGCCGCUGACGGCAACGCUCACCAUCAACCCGCUCAUGGGGAACAUCAAUGCCACGUAUGCCGUGCUGGCCAAGGAUUAUUGCUCGCUGGCCACGAGGAUGGAGUUCAACGUCUACAGCUACGAGAGCGAGUGGGCCGUAGGGAUGGAGCUGUGGAGCAACCGGAGACCAGCUGGUUUCUUGCUCGGCGCCCUUCCCAGCAACCAACCCGAGCGCGAUCCUGAGCCGCCCAGAAGGAACGAGAGGAGUUUCCAGGCCAAGAUGGAAUGGCGACUGGACGAUCCCAAGCCUGAGCCGAAAGCUCCGAAGACGGAGGCCACGCUUGCCGCCACCGAGAACAUGGAAGAAUAUAGGGGCGUUCUAAAGGCGCGACUGGAUCAGAAUCUCCGCGUUGGCCUGCUGUGGGAGGGCCGGGUCAAGUCGCUCAUCUUCAGUCUUGGGACCGGUGUCGACUUGCGAAAGCUGGGCGAACCCUUCCGAAGCCUUGGUCUCGAGGUUCAGUACUCCUCUUAG